GAGCCCCAGCUGUUGCCAGGCAACCGACAACCAAAAGGUGUAAACAGUGAACAAAAGAGGUCCUUUUCCCCUGAAAGACUGACCAGUGACAGACUGACCGCACAUGGGUGCUGUAGCUACUUUCUCCUGUGUGUUAUAAGUGUCAUGCAGUGACUAAUGUUGGCGGGCAUGAGCUCAAAAACACUUUCUGCUGAGAUCGAGAAGCAGAUUCGCCGCCUCUGUCUGAAUGACUUUCCUUGUGGAAAUGGCAGCUGGAGGAAGGAAAAAGACGGAACAGAGGCAGCAGAGACGGAGGACACAGACGCCCUCCUGGAUCUGCUGAGCUGCCCUCACUCUCCCUGGACGUACGAUGAAUCAUGGAGCCCUCAAGCUCCGGCCCUGAGACAGCUGGCCGUGCUCGCACCUGAGCGCCUGCACGCCGCCUUCAUUUACAAUUACUUUACUACACUUCGUAUUGUGGACAAAGAUGUGUCGGUCAUCGACAGCGGCCUGUUGAAAUUCUCAAAGCUGGAGGAGUUGGUGCUGAGUGCUAACAAAAUCUCUGAAAUCCCUGUAGAAAACCUUCCCCGCACUUUGAAGGUUUUGGAGCUACGUGCCAACCGGCUGUCUGAUCUAAACAGACUCACCAGCCAGCCUCCUCCUCACCUACGCUACCUCAGCCUUGGCUCAAGCAGUCUGGGUUCCCAUGAAGACAUCUCUAAUCUUACAGGAAGACAUUGGCCACAGCUCGUGUGUCUGGACCUGAGUGACUGUGAGUUUCAGGACCAGCAGGUUCUGAUGAACGCCUUGAGGACGCUCCCCCACCUCAGGACGCUGGUGCUGGAGGGAAACCCCUUCACUCUUGCAUCCUGCUACCCGGGCUUCACCCUGGACAGUCUCCCACAGCUCUCCUACCUGGACGGUUCAUGGAUCUCCCCUGAGGAAAGACAGUGUUUUAGGGGCUUGGCCAAGAUGAGUGAUCUGAUAGUGGACCAGGCUUCAGUGUCAGUGAGGGUUGGCAGGAUGAGGGGAAUCCCAGACCCGAUGAUGAGAGCGGGCAACAGCACUCCAGACUUUCCUGUCGUCACCUACAGAUAUUUCAUCACAUACGAGUUCCUCAGUCACCAGACACCUGUUAACCUAAAAUUCGACAGUGAGCCUGAAUGUGAGGCAGCAGCCACGGCACAUGUGAAAGAGGGCUGCUCCAGUGAUGCUGACCUACCAUCGAGCAAAACCUGUGAAAAAGAAACGUCCAAAACAGACACACGUGACCAGAAGGAGUAUACGGAGGGGAGCUGCCAUGACACUGCCCACGUAUCAAGACACAGCACUUCAAAGCUGUCAUGGUCGGAGUGCAUGGACUUCAGCGACACACGAACCUACAACAUCAGUGAUCUCAGAGGCUUAAAGAGAUUCCUCAAUCAAGGAUUUUACCUGAGGAUAGAGGAGGAAAAGGUCCUGGCAUGGCCUGCAGUUUCCGAAGACGUCAAAUCCAGCCAGACUGCUAAAGAAAAGAAAGGCAGGAAAGAGUCUGCAAUCAAAUCUGGUUCCACCAAAGACAAGUCUAAAGACAAAAAGAAGAAAUCCGUACCCGAGCUGGUCCAGGACACACCCGUCAGAAGGCUCCUUGGCUCAGUCCAUGUACCUCUGCAAAGCCUCGUCAAAGGAGGCGAAAAGGUCGAUGUUCUCUGUGGCCUUGGUAGCCUGCGUGUGGAGUCUGAGGUGGAAGCUACGCAAACACUUGACAAGGAUCUGAGAAAGAAAAUCAAAGAGGACAAGAAGAAGGAGGACAAGCGAUCAAAGUGCAGAGGAGGCAGUAGGACUGGGCAGAGGAACACCACAGCCUCAGAAGUAGGCAAAGAAGAUGGACGGAAGAAAUCUGAGACGGACGUCCUCACAGGGAACUCUGUGGAGUUGAGGGUGGAGCUGGAGAAAUGGCAGUCUGCAUCUGAAGCUCGUCAGCUUCUGCUCCCACACCAGAGCUCCUAAAGCAAACAACCUGGUUUAUCUGAGCACCUUAACCAGGCUUACAUUUUUAAAACCAGGAUUUUAUUUUUUAUUUUUUUUUUCAGUUUCAGACCAAAUGUAAGUUAUCCCUCUAGUCUUAACCAGUGCUCAAAUAAAAAAUCCUACAACUUACAA